CACAAGCAUAUAAACAUAACGGUCACCUUUUCUAAAGAAAGAACACACGCCAUUUGCAUUUCACCAGAAAACAAGUGAAACACCUCUCCUUCUUCUCGAUGAAUAAAACAGUGCAAUAUUUCUGCUGAAAUCGAAUGUAAUGGUGAUGGUUUUGCCUAGACCCAACAGUAGAAAUCGACCCACCAAAAAAUUAAUCCCAUUUUCUCUUUACAACCGGACUCUCACCUAUCGAAAGCUUCCGGAGCAGCAGUUUCUCAACCUCUCUGUUCUUAAAUUGGACGGCUCUUCCUUCAGUCUUCAUGUGGCGAGAAAUGCUACAGUGGCCGGGCUUAAAUUUGCCGUGGAGGAGGAGUUCAAUAUGUUUCCCCAAGACGAAAGAACAAGAUUAUGGGCCCUUAUAUGGAGCCACUUCUGUUUGUGUUAUGAAGGCCAAAAGCUAAUCCACGAUGUAGCUUGCAUCAAAAAAUACGGGAUCAGAGAUGGCGAUCAGCUUCGCUUCAUCCAGCAUUUGAGAAUAGACCUUGUGCCAACACCAAAGCAGGCCAAGGAUCCAAGAGUCAAGUCCAAACACGGUUCAACAUGUAAACAUGAUAGUGAAGAUGAAUGUGCAGAGCUAAGGUACUUGCUUCCACAAUCCAAAUCCCGAUUAAAGGCUUCUUUCAAGGGGUUGCUCUCAUGUUCUAAGUUUUGAUACUUGGAAACGAAAAUUCAAGAAUGAUGAUUUCAUUCUGAUUUAGGAGCUAGGUAGGAGUAGGAUCAGUUGAAGUAGUGAAUGAUGUUUUGUUAUUGAAUCUACCAUCAAAAAACGAGAUGAUGCUUUGAGAUAAUCUAAUUUCACUUUUUUUACCCUGCAAAAAUCAUAAGAGUUAACACUAA